AUGGUGGACACCCGCCAGAAACCUGGAAAGAGGAAAAGCGUAUCUGCACCUCAAUACAUACAUAAAUCUUCACGGUACCACCCCAUACAGCGGCACGCCGCUGUAUAUUUCACCAUGAAGCGACCUCACUAUCACAAGCUUCUUUGUAAUGCUGGGCAUUCCGAAGAAAAGCUGGGUUUUACGUUUGAAGACAUCAUCAUAUGUUUGCGGUUGGCUUUACUGAAUGAAGCAAAAGAGGUCCGGGCUGCAGGACUACGAGCCCUUCGAUAUCUUAUCCGAGAUUCCAGUAUUUUGCAGAAGGUGUUAAAAUUAAAAGUGGAUUACUUGAUAGCCAGGUGCAUUGACAUACAGCAGAGCAAUGAAGUAGAACGGACGCAGGCGCUUCGUUUAGUAAGAAAGGUACAGUAACUGAGAUCACAUCACCCUGCAGAUUAUAGAAUAGCCCUAUGCCAAAUUGUGU